AUGAUGGUUUGGAUGGCGAUUAAAUUCGGUGAGCGGCCUGUCUGGCGGUCAACAUCCGACACCAUCAACAGCAAGGUGUUCAUUGCAAUUGUCAAGGAUGCUUUCGGCUACAACGGCAUAAGUCGGCGCCGAAUGGAUACUGUAAUUUUGCAGGACAAUGCACCUGUCCACCGCUCUAAAGAGGUACGAAUUUGAUGCCGCUUGCAAACAUAAUCUAACAUUUUAGACAACAACCACGCUCUCCGCAAUUGGCCUCCAAUCCAUUUUCAUCCCGGCCAACAGUCCCGACCUCAAUCCUAUCGAAAAUCAUUUUGGAAUAGUCAAAAGAAAUUGGCACAAAGCUAAGAAGACUCUUUCAAUGCAGGAAAAAUUGGAUUUCAUACUCAAUAAUUACAUUUUACAAUCCACCAUAGAUAACCUUGUCAUGUCUAUGUCGGACAGACUUUCUGCUGUUAUUAAUUCGAAUGGACAAUCUACAAAGUACUAAUUUUUUGUAUCUGUUUCUGUCCUUAAUUAUUUUUGACCUUUUAUGCGACCUCCUCCUUUAUACGUCCUCAUACGUAGCCUUUAUUAACUUGGUUGUAAUAUAGGCGUUUCUCGAAAAUGUGCCUUUUGUCGAAAAUUAUUUAUUUUUAUCUCAGUAAAUAAUAUUUUCUUAACCAAACUUUGCUUUAUUUCUUUGGCACAUCGUUUAUUUUCCGCUAUCAGACUUUGGGAGCCGUAGUGUUUACCGAUUUUGCGUUAAAGGCGUUAACCUGUGUUAAUUCGUGACAUUUCAUGAGUUAGCACAGGUACUGUAUAUUGGGCUGGUUAUAAAUAGCACACUCCGACCAGGGUUCAGCCAAUUUUGAUUUGCAGCGCUUUAGGCGGUCAACUAAGACACGUUUUGCUGGUUUACAUACAGUGAUAAAAGGCCUGCUCUUAAAACUUCCCACGCGAGGAUUGACUGGUAAUUGCUUUAGCUGAUUUUAAAGAUAUUUUUGGGUGUUGAAAAAAUUGGGUGCAAAGAUUGUCGUCAAGGUUAAAUGAAGACUACCCAGAUCUGUUUGAAUAAGUAGGUUGAGAUCAAACAAGCAGAUAUUAUGGUUCAAUCCAGUUAGGCAUUUUCCUUUUUUCCAUAAAUAACGAAAUCGUUUGAUGGCUUGUUUUUAUUGUUAUUCCGUAACGUGUAUUUCAAUUUCGUUCAGUUCUCCUUCUAACCUAUUAAUUAGAUUUCGCAAAAGUCUUUCCCAUAAAGGAUAAAAGUAAAAAUAUUUAUCUUAAGUUCAUUCAAAUAAAUGGUGCUGUCAAGUUGUAUCGAAGAACCUAUUGAAAAUAACGAUUUUCUGGAAAGCAGCAAAGUUUCAUUCGUAUACAUUACCCCAUAAAACGUCUUCGUGGUUAAGAGCAGGACCCGUUUGCGGAUAGAAACAACCUUAUAUACCAUGAACGCUUCCGACUACCCGGAUGUGGCCGCCGUUGUCUGUGUUCUUUAACAUAUAUGCUGUUCAGUUGUUCUUAUUCGGAGUAUGCAUAAAAUAAGGGUCAUUGAAGUAUAAAAAAAGUGACUGAGGAAUUUAGAGGAUCAUUUAGGGCAAAAAAUGUGUUGCGCAUUCUAUUUCUCCACCUAACCCGUUAAAUCAAAUGUCGUUUACAUGCAGGUCUAGUUUGUGAGUAUUUUGCUGUGGCAUCAGUUCAAAAACCUCUUUGUAGAUUGUGUGACCAUACCGCUGCUAAACCGCUCUCACAGGACCCGUCUCCUCAUCUUGCUCUAUGCAGCUAAUGACCGUUUUCAUUUAUCAUGCCAGUCUGCCACAGAUUUGUUCUGGGGAGCCUAGUGUUAUCCAUCCAGAAAGAGUCAGUCGUAUGUCUAAUAUAUGCCCGUUUUUUUUCCUAUGAAGAGCAUAAUGCCUUUCAUCAUCUUCCGUCUUCUUCUUCUUCUGCUUCUUCUUCUUCUUCUUCUUCUUCUUUUUCUUCUUCCUCUCUAUUCUUCUUCUUCUUCUUAUUCUGCUUUUUCUUCCUUGUCUUCUUCUUAUUAUUAUUAUUAUUUUUCUUCUUCUUCUUUCUCCUCUUCUUCUUCUUCUUCCGUGUUUUUUUUCUUAUUCUUCUUCUUAUUCUUUUCUUUCCCUUUUCUUUUCUUCUUCUUUCUCUUCUUUUUCUUUGAGCUUGAUUUUUUGACUUUCAGCAAACUGCGUUUUAUACCGCAGCGUGUAUGCCUAUUCUCAUAGGUAUUGCAUUUGUCGCACAAUGUAGAUUCAAACUGAUAGGAAAUUUCGCACACGCCAGGAAUUGAGACAAUUUGAAGAUAAGGAAGGUGAAGUACUUUGGGAAACAGCAAAUAUAAUUGUGUAAAUUUUCGAGACUGGUUCCCCUGCUCGUCUUCAGACAGCGGGUGUGCAAAAACACUUAACUUCUUAACUGAGUCUGACAAAGUGAUUCCAUGAUUGUUUAAGGUUAUAAUCUCUUUAUUUGUUGAUUCAGUUUGAAUCUGUCCUUAAAGAUUUUGUAUGCGGCAUCUAAAUCGAUAUGCCAGUUGAAAAAUUGCCUCCAGGAAUUAGCGGCCUUUCAUUGUUGGGUAGGCGCCAACGAUGCAAGUAUUUUCCCGUGAAAAUUUGUGCCCAUUGUCCAGUGUGCGUAUGGCCACCUGGGCGAGAUGGUCGCGUCUCUUCACCGCUAAUUGAUGCUUAUGUAUACGGGUUGAUACAGAUUUUCCAGUCUGGCCAAAAUAGACAACAUCACAACUAUAACGUAGGAUUUUGUAGGUGGUUGCCUGGUCGAGACCCCUACAGCCCAUACGAAGCUUUUUGCUUCGGAACGCCAAUGAACCAGUGUGCGCCUAAUCCUGAAUAAAUAUAUACAUAUAUAUCUCUUCAAAGAGAAGUGGGGUGAAGGUGAACUCCCGCAAGAUUUCAAAGAUGCAACUAUCGUGCAUCUCUACAAGCGCAAAGGGAAUCGCCAAGUCUGCGACAAACACCGCGGCAUCUCCUUGCUGAACAUCGCCGAGAAGAUCUUAGACCGCAUCCUCCUCAACCGCCUCAAUAACCAUCUCGAGCAGAGUCUACUGCCGGAGAGCCAAUGCGGCUUCCGUCGUCAUCGAGGGACCACGGAUAUGAUCUUUGCAGCCCGCCAACUUCAGGAGAAGUGUCAGGAGAUGCGGACCCACCUGUACUCUACCUUCGUGGACCUGACGAAAGCCUUCGACAAGGUGAAUCGUGAAGGAUUGUGGAAGAUCAUGCAGAAAUUCGGCUGUCCGGAGCGAUUCACUCAGACGUUGCAUCAGCUGCACGACGGUAUGAUGGCGCUAGACACGGACAACGAAGCUGUCUCAGAGGCAUUCGCAGUGACCAACUGAGUGAAGCAGGGCUGCGUACUGGCGCCCACCCUCUUCAGUCUUAUGUUCUCUGUCAUGCUGAUUCACGCCAACCGCGACGAACGCUCUGGGAUCCGCAUCGCCUACAGGACGGACGGUCACCGUUCACGAACUCCUCUUCGCCGACGACUGCGCCCUGAACACCACCUCGGAUAAGGAGAUGCAACGGGGCAUGGACCUGUUCUCCGACGCCUGCGAGAACUUAUGUCUGGUCAUUAACACACAGAAGACAGUGGUGAUGCACCAACCGCCACCCAACUCAGCCACAGCCCCCAACGCGCCGCUGCAAAUCAGCGUGAACGGAACCCAACUACAAGUGGUGGAGAACUUCCCGUAUUCGCGGAUACUUGGCUCUGUGAUCAUCUGA